AUGGCGAAACAGGUGUUGAAAAUUCUUGCUCUGUUUUUCGUUGGUUUUCUUCUGUUGUUUGGAUAUGUUGAGUGUGUGAAUUUAGAUUCUGCUACGAGUUUUGAAAUUCUUCUAGAGGUUAAACGAUCGUUCACUGAAGACCCGGGGAAUGUUCUUAAAGAUUGGUCGAAGAAAAACCAGAGUUUCUGUAACUGGUAUGGUGUUGCCUGCGCCGGAAAGUUAUCUCAGGUGGUGGGGCUCAACCUCUCCGGUGCAUCAUUGGGCGGCGGAAUCUCGCCGUCGAUUUCACUUUUACAGAACCUGCUCCACCUUGAUCUUUCGUCAAACCAGCUCUCUGGUCCCAUCCCACCUAAUAUCUCCACUCUCAGCUCCUUGUCGUCUCUCCUCCUCUUCUCCAAUCAACUCUCCGGCCACAUUCCGCCGGAGAUCGGUUCUCUCUCUAACCUUGUGGUACUCCGUAUCGGUGACAACCGCCUCACCGGCUCUAUCCCACCUUCCCUCGGUGACCUCCAGAAUCUAACGGUUCUCGGUUUGGCGUCGUGUUAUCUCUCCGGGGAAAUACCACCGGAGCUAGGAAAGCUCACGAUUCUCGAGAAUUUGGUUAUACAAAAUAACGAACUGGAAGGACCCAUCCCGCCGGAGAUUGGUAACUGUUCGAGCUUAGUAGCCUUCACCGCCGCUGUUAACCACCUUAACGGUUCAAUCCCAGAUGAGUUAUGUGAUUUGAAAAACCUCCAAACGUUGAACUUGGCAAAUAAUUCGUUAUCCGGGGAGAUUCCGAGAAGAAUCGGCGAGAUGAAUCAGUUGGAAUAUUUGAAUUUGCUCGGGAAUCAGCUCGAAGGGGAGAUUCCGAAGUCGGUGGGUCAGCUCGGGAAUCUAUGGAAUCUUGAUUUAUCGGCGAACAAGCUUUCCGGUGAAGUUCCCGGAGAAGUAGGGAACAUGGGUCGACUCCAAUACCUUGUCCUCUCAAACAACAGUCUUUCUGGUGGCAUUCCGACGACUAUAUGUUCCAACACCAGCACCACCAUGGAACACCUGAUGAUCUCACAGAACAUGUUUUCCGGUGAAAUACCCAAAGAAUUGGGAGAUUGCAUUGCUCUGAAACAAAUCGACUUCUCCAACAACACACUCAACGGAACAAUUCCGAUCGAUCUUUUCAAAUUAACCAAUUUGACAGACAUCUGGCUCAAUAACAAUACGCUCACAGGUUCUAUUCCUCCCGCCAUAGCUAAUCUCACCAAUCUCGAAACAAUAUCAUUGUUUCAAAACAAAUUCAAUGGCGAAUUACCAAAGGAAAUCGGGAUGCUUCAGAAGCUCCAGAUUAUAUUCCUGUAUGAGAAUCAAUUUUCAGGAAGAAUCCCAUUGGAGAUCGGAAACUGCUCGAGUUUACAAAUGGUUGAUUUCUACGGGAACCAUUUCAAUGGUGAAAUUCCGGUGACGUUCGGGCGGCUCAGCCAGUUAAACUUUCUCCACCUGAGACAAAACGACCUCUCCGGCGAAAUCCCGGCCACUUUUGGCAACUGUCAUCUCCUCACCAUUAUAGACCUCGCGGACAACAGUCUCACCGGCGGAAUUCCGGCAACUUUUGGGUACCUGAGAUCGUUAGAACAGCUCAUGCUCUACAACAACUCUCUUCAAGGCAAUCUUCCUUUAGAGCUAACCAGCCUUACAAAUUUGACUAGAAUAAACCUCAUAAACAACAAAUUCAAUGGAAGCAUUUCUCCUUUAUGUAGUUCGAAUUCAUUUCUCUCAUUUGAUGUCACCAACAACGAGUUUUCCGGCGAGAUUCCGGCGGUAUUCGGGAAUUCACAGUUCCUUCAGAGGAUACGGCUGGGACGGAAUCGGUUCACAGGGCGAAUCCCUUCGGAAUUGGGAAAAAUUAAAGAGUUGUCCCUCUUGGAUUUGUCAAGUUCAAUUCCGGUGUGGCUCGGAGACUUACCAUUGUUAGGGGAAUUAAAGCUCUCAUCCAACAAGUUUACAGGCUCGAUUCCGUUGAGUCUAUUCAACUGUUCUGAUCUUUUAGUCCUUUCGCUUGAUUCCAAUUCCAUCACCGGAAUACUGCCUAAAGAAAUUAGCAAGCUUUCAUCCAUCAAUGUCCUCAACUUGAACAACAAUCAACUUUCCGGCCAAAUCCCGGAUUCCAUCGGGAGCUUAAGCAAGUUGUAUGAAAUCCGCCUCUCGGGAAACAACUUUUCCGGUGAAAUCCCAGUUGAAAUUGCAAACCUCAAGAAUCUACAAAGUGUUUUGGACUUGAGUUACAAUAACUUAACGGGAACAAUCCCGGGGUCAAUCGGGACAUUAUCAAAACUCGAGGUGCUAGACCUGUCCCACAACGAGUUAACCGGGACCGUUCCGCCUGAACUCGGUAUAAUGAGUAGCUUGGGCAAACUCAACCUCUCUUACAACAAUCUCAACGGAAAACUAGACGACGGCUAUUCCGACUUACCGGCCGAUGUUUUCAUCGGAAACCACGGUCUUUGUGGGCCGCCUCUUGACAGUUGCCGGUUUCCAAGAAACCGACAACCAGGGCUGAGUGAAGCAGCAGUGAUCACAAUCUCGGCUAUUUCGACAAUAGUCGCGAUUGCACUGAUGUUUCUCGCAGCCCUGUUAUUCUUCAGAAGAAACCGGUCCGGCUUUGUAAAAGCCGGAGACGGGAGUAGCAGUACAGACUACUCUUCGUCGUUUUCAUCACGCGCACAAAGAAGACCGCUUUUUUUCAAACCGGGCUCCACGAAGCGGGAUUUCAGAUGGGAUGACCUAAUGGAGGCCACGAAUAACCUAAGUGACGAGUUCAUAAUCGGUUCGGGCGGGUCGGGGACAAUUUAUAGAGCCGAGCUUUUAUCCGGUGAGACUGUGGCCAUUAAACGGAUACCAUGGAAAGACGAUGUGUUUCUUGAUAAGAGUUUUGCAAGAGAAGUGAACACGAUUGGUCAGAUAAAACAUAGACGAUUAGUGAAAUUACUCGGGUAUUGUAGCAACCGAGGAGCAGGGUCGAAUCUAUUGAUUUAUGAGUACAUGGAGAAUGGUUCGGUUUAUGAUUGGUUGCAUCAUGAACCACAAAACAUCAAGAAAAAGAAGACCCUUGAUUGGGACACGAGGUUAAACAUCGCAGUUGGGUUAGCCCAAGGUGUGGAGUAUCUUCACCAUGAUUGUGUCCCUAAAAUCAUUCAUAGAGAUAUAAAAUCAGCUAAUGUUCUUCUUGAUGUAAACAUGGAUGCCCAUUUAGGGGAUUUCGGGCUCGCAAAAGCUAUUCAUGAGAACCACGAGUCUUCCACUAACGAUUCCUUAUGGUUCGCAGGGUCUUAUGGUUACAUUGCUCCAGAAUACGCGUAUUCUUUUAAGGCGACUGAGAAGAGUGAUGUGUACAGUUUGGGGAUUGUGUUGAUGGAGUUGGUGAGUGGGAGGAUGCCGACAGGGGGGACGUUUGGUGAAAAUGUGGAUAUGGUGAGGUGGGUGGAGUCGCGAAUCGAAAUGGAGGGACCAAAACGUGAAGAACUGAUAGAUGAGGGGCUGAAACCGUUACUUCCUCAUGAAGAAAAUGCUGCUUUUCAAGUUCUUGAGAUUGGGCUUCAGUGUACUAAAACUGUUCCUAGUGAAAGGCCAUCUUCAAGGCAUGUUUGUGAUCUUAUUAUGCAUGUAGUUAAAGAUGGAGUUUCGAAUGCUGAAAAAAUGAGUCGUGAACCUUAUGUGUAGUUUGGUAGUGAAUUUUAAUGAAAAUGGGUGUGUUUUUGAGUUUUGACUGAUUG